GAACUGGAAGGCUGGCUGGCUAGCUAAUCAGUCGGUGUCAUUCAAAUACACCAGCUAGUUCAAUAAGGUCGGAUCCUUGUCAGAUUGGCGAUGGCGUAUAUUUUAGUAAGGCGUUUCAGCAGGGUUUUCCAAUUAAAUGUCCAAAGACAAGAUAUUAUGUUUUCGGGAGUGAGACAUAAGUCUACAGUGCAUUAUGCUACACGUCCAGACCAGCCGAAACUGGCUUAUAGAAAAGUGAAGGGGAAGAGCCCAGGGGUAGUGUUCUUGCCGGGGUUUGCCUCAAACAUGGGUGGGAAGAAAGCAGAAGCCCUUGAGGAGUUCUGCCAGUCACUAGGCCACUCUUACCUACGGUUUGACUAUACAGGCUGUGGGUCUUCUGAAGGUGAAAUAGUAGAUGGCACUGUUGGCACUUGGAAGAGGGAUGUACUAUAUGUAUUGGACGAGCUUGUGGAGGGGCCACAAAUUCUGGUUGGCUCCAGUAUGGGCGGCUGGCUGAUGUGCCUGGCAGCUAUAGCUCGUCCAGAAAGAACUGCGGCCAUGGUUGGCAUCUCUACAGCAGCUGACCACUUUGUAACGGUCUACAAUACACUUCCUAUUGAGGUGAGGAAGGAGAUUGAAGAGAAGGGGCAGUGGGUGGUUCCUACCAAACACAAUGAGGAGGGCUCCAUCACGUUCACCACAGAGUUCCUGAAGGAGGCAGAGCAGCACUGCGUUCUGCAGAGCCCCAUUCCAGUGACUUGCCCGGUGAGGCUCAUCCAUGGGAUGAAGGACCAGGAUGUGCCUUGGCACGUCUCCAUGCAGCUAGCUGAGCGUGUGCUUAGCAACGACGUUGACGUCAUCUUGCGCAAGCAUGGCCAGCACCGCAUGGCAGAAAAGGAGGACAUCAAGCUCAUAGUCUAUACCAUCGAUGACCUCAUAGACAAGCUGACCACGUUGGUUUGAGUGGCCAAAUCAGGACAAUGCUGUGGGUGACUCCUACCACCCCGACCCCAACUUUUCCGCACUCAGGCCGCUCGGUUCCCAAUGCGUUACAGUAUCGAAGGUGCUAUUGUACCAAAUACACACUGUGAAGAAAAUUAACUUGUGUUUUCUCCCGGCUCUCUCCAUGCCUUUUUAUUAGGAUUUGUAUUUACCAUUGCCAUGACACUUUGUUCCCACGACUACCAAACUUCUUGGGCCUGCUGUGAACAGUUUUGAUUUAUUCCCACAAUGUGGUCUGAUAUUCCGUUAAACCUUUAAUGAGUAGGGAUCACUCCUAUUACAGUAGCCCAUCAGGUACAGAUGCAUUAUGUCCAUUUGUGAGACAUUUAUUUUAUCCACUGUCAAUUUUAUUCAAAUAAGUGUGAUGUGCCUUUGUUAUAUUUAUGCAUGUGCCCUUAAAAACCAAUAGGAGGCAGCAAAUAUCAGCACAGUAUUUUAGGCACUUCACUAUGUAUUUCUAUUAUUAUGAAACCCCAUUAGCUGCUGCAGCUACUCAUCCUGGUGUCCAGCUGGAACAAUCAGUUGAAAAAGGACUUUACUCAACUGUAAUGUUUGAUUCUAAUGCUGAUGUCCAUGCGUUGCCCAUUUCUUAUGCUGUCUGUAUUUGCUGUUUGGUUCCACUGCUGACACAACAUAUCUAUGUUUGUAUUGCUUUGUCCAUGCCAUUUAAUUUUGCACACAAGGUCAGAACAGAAUAUUGACUGCAUGACAACUCAUGUAGAACUGAGCAUUGUGGUAUAUUAAAAUGUAUUUUAACAUUUUAGUGUAGAAUAUAUUAUGGUGUGAUUUUAGUGCAGUCCAAAAUGAUAACUUUUUUAAGUGUAAUUUCAACUCACUCUGGGUAACUUUUCAAUGUUAGCCCAGUUCAUGUUGGUUUUGUUGCAAGUAUUGCCCAUUCCAAAAUGACAGAUUUCAAAUAAUGAUUGAACAGGAGCAUGAGAUGGCCUGGUAUGUUUGACUGGCCUAAGAAGCACAGGUAAUUAAGUGAAAAGCAUUGCCGUGUAGGCAGCUCAUGUUUUAGUAUAGUCAACUUUCUGAUUUAAUUGGAUAAAAUGCCAUGUGUGGCUACUAUGUCAUACAGUGAUGGUAAGCUGUCAUUAGUGUAAUGUGAUCCCAGAUACACUGCCUAGUACAUUGUCAGCUAAAAGUGGUUAGGACUUGAUGUCGUUGGUUUCCAACAUGCACUACAUGACCGAAAGUAUGUGGACACCUGGUUGUCGAACAUCUCAUUCAAAAAUCAUGGACAUUAAUUCAUGCUGAAACAGGAAGGGUCUUUCCCCAAACUGCCAGUGGUGAAGUGUGAUUCAUCACUCCAGAGAACACGUUUCCACUGCUCCAGAGUCCAAUGGCGGUGAGCUUUACACCACUCUAGCCGACGCUUGGCAUUGCACAUGGUGAUUUUAGGCUUGUAUGCGGCUGCUCGGCCAUAGAAACCCAUUUCACGAAGCUCCCGACUAAAAGGUUCUUCUGCUGAUGUUGCUUCCAGAGGCAGUUUGGAACUCGUUAAUGAGUAUUGCAACUGAGGACAGAUAAUUUUUAUGCGCUUCAGCACUCGGCGGUCCUAUUCUGUAAACUUGUGUGGCCUAUCAAUUUGCAGCUGAGCCAUUGUUACUCCUAGACAUUUCCACUUCACAAUAACAUCACCUGCAGUUGACCGGGGCAGCUCUACCAGGGAAGAAAUUUGACAAAGUGACUUAUAAAGGUGGCUUCCUAUGACGGUGCCACGUUGAAAGUCACUGAGCUCUUCAGUAAGGCCAUUCUACUGCCAACGUUUGUUUAUGGAGAUUGCAUGGCUGUGUGCACAAUUUUUAUGCAUCUGUCUGCAACGUUUGUGGCUGAAAUAGCCGAAUCCACAAAUUUGAAGUGGUGUCCUCAUACACUAUAUAUACAAAAGUAUCACAAUCUCUAUCCGAAAUGUUUAAUCUUGUGAACUAAGUUUGUUUUCGACAUGUUUUAUAUCACAGUUAAAUGUUUCUAGGUGAUAGUACUGUGUUGCAGAAUUGAUGGGUUAGCUCACUGUACAGUGAUGCUAACAAUGCAUCUGAAGCUGACCCGAUAAGCAAAGUACCAGAACUUAUGGAUGAACAUUUUAGGAUGGGCCUAACACAUUCGUUUGCACAUUUUCACUUGUUUAUUUCUCUCAUACUGUACAUCAGAUAGGCCUCUUUUUUUUCUUUUUUAAAUGAGCCAUUUCCAAACAUGUAUAGUGUCUUGUUUCUGAUAUAUAUUAUACAUACACACUGCUUUCCUUAAAUUGGUCAACAUUGAGCUUUUAUUAAGAAUGAGAUAUGCUUGUCCUUUACAGUAAAUAAACCUAAAUAUUUGUUAA